AGAGAAUAUCGUCUCGGAUUGGGGUGAUCGCGUCAAGGUGCUCGACUUCGCAGCGAUCGGCUCUCUGCCUUUGCAGCGAUCAUUGAGCAUCGCACCUCGCUCUGCCCUCGAUCUAAGGCAAGAUGACCGUCGCUGCGGCCAAGAGACUGGCGCACAUGCCCCCUUUGGCGCCGUUUGCGCUAUCGGAUCUCAUGAAGCAAUACGAGCUCACCGCCAACGAUGCGGCGUUGCUCUGUGAAGAGGGCAUUCUCCAGAUCCAAGAACAUACAUAUCCGCAGGGGCGUGUACAGAUCGCUUGGAGGACAACAACGAUGGCUUCGGCUCCUGAAGGUGCGACUGCGGUAUCUCCAGCUUCCCGGGCUCCUGCGCUCCAUUCACCCAUCAAGGCACGACCGGCUGGUGUGUCUAAGCACAAGGCUUUCAAGUCUCCUCUCAAAUCCACAGCGCUUGACUCGCCUUCCGCAAAUGCCCGGGUUGUGUCCGAGCUGCGGGCGGCAUCAUCGCCUCCUCGAGGCUCCGGCCUUAACACUCGGAUACUUCCCGUGCCAACCCGCCCUCGGCUGGCGACCGACAGCACCGAGCCAGCCUCCCCAGAGCGCAGUGCACAAAAGCAAAAGCAAAUUAUCGCAAUCAAGCAGCAGAUACAUGAGCUGCAGGCGGCCAACAAGAGGCUCUGCAUUGUCUACGGCUACAUAAGCAAUAAGGAGAGCGAGAUAUUGGAUGCGCUGAUAUUCAAAUGGCAGAAGGCCUGCCGUACGGCACUAGAGGAUCUGCGAAUCAAGAUCGGCGUGGUUCAGAUACCGUCAUCGGCACCAGCUGGCCGGAUGCCGCCGACCAGUAUUCCAACGUGCCUGGGUGCCUGGCCUCCAGGCCCGGGAGAGAACGAGAGCCCGGAGCGGCCCAGACAGCAGCCCACGCUUCAGCCAACCGACUCGGAUGCUGGCAUGUCGCUGAUGGAGGCGAGAAUGUACACGCUGAAGGAGCUGGCCAUCCAGCUGCACAUCGAUCUCACCAAGGUCGGUGGAUACGACGAAGACUGCGAUCAGUUUUCGUGAAGCCUCGCACCAUACCAUCCCGCCUGACGAGGGACGACCGGUCAGCCCUGCGCUUGCAUGAUGUUGCUUCUGCCUGGACCGCCCCGAUGCACAAUACAAGGCCAAGAAUGCACCGAGACAGAGCCGGGUGGCGGUGCAUGUGGCGGAGAUUCGUGGGCGGGCGGAGCUGGCGCGGAGCCGGGCGGGGGGCCUUCCGACUCGGCGGGACGGAGCAGCCCGCAGCCGGCCC